AUGGGCGGGCUCUUCUCGCGACCAGUGGGCGACGGUGAACUGCGUACGACGCUCUGCCCCGCCCGCCGUUUUUGCUCUCUAUCACCUCUUUUGCCCGCUUUCCGCUCUCUUCCCCGAAACGCCACCAGUUCCAGUGCCACCACCAAUCGCGCUAUCACCGCAAGAACCGAUCUAGAGUGGUUCAACGCGCUACUCCACUCAACUGGUGCUAUCCAUUUUAUUCUCCGCUCACGAAAUCACUCAUUGCCCCCUUCUCUCCCCAACCCCCUAUUUCUCUUCCUCCUUCCCCCCUCGCGCGCGCCAGACCCCGUGUACCCGACGGUGCGGGCGGCGGGGGAGGGGGAGCGCGGGCGGGGGUGGGUGCGCGAGUACGCGUUCGAGGACGCGCUGCACGCCACGGAGGGCUUCAAGGCGCUCGCAGGGCGCGGCCCGUUCGGGUUCGUGUACAAGGGCUUCAUGUGGGCGCACGCCGCGCGCGCGGAGGGGGACGGCACAGAGGGGGAGGGCGCAGAGGGCGCGGGCGCGCGCGCGCUGAUCCCGGUGGCGGUGAAGGUGCUGAACGGCGACCCCGUCACAGGCGUGGGGGGGCUGGCGACCUUCGCGCACGAGUGCGCGCUGGUGGAGGAGGAGGGGCGGCACGCCAGCCUGCUGCGCGUGCACGGGUAUGUGGCGCAGCGGCCGCCCAUCAUCAUCUGUGACUUCAUUGAAGGCGGCACUGUGGAGCAACUCAUGGCACGAGUGGCGCGGGGAGAGGUGCAGUUCGGGUGGAGGGAGAGAGUGCAGAUGGCGUUCACAUGUGCGGACGUGUUAGCUCAGCUGCACCGACUCAACCUCGUGCACCGCAACUUCAAAGCCUCCAACGUGCUGCUGCAACCCGACGGCACGCCAGUGGUGGCGGACUAUGGGUUGGCGCGGGUGGUGGCGGAUUGGAAGAUGCACGUGCAGAUGAGGGGCGCCUCCUCCAUGUCCUACAUCGACCCCGCCUACUUCGACUCCGGCACGUUGACGCGUCUAUCAGACACGUACGCGUUUGGCAUCUUCCUGCUCGAGCUCGUGUCGGGGGCAUCAGCGCAGGGCCCGCGCUUCAAGGCCGUGCGCAAGGCCGUGGCCGUGGCGCGCGAAGCAGACCCCGCGCAGGUGCUGGACCCGGCGCUGGCGGGGCAGUGGCAGCCCGCUGCCAGCGCCAUCGUGCUGGCGACCAUCCGCUCCGCCAUCCUGUACGAGCGCGACAACCGCCCCGACAUGGCCAUUCCCGCCACCAUGCCACUCUCCGCUCUCUCCGUCGCCCGCCCCCUCGUACCUGCCGCGGCUGCUUCCCCCGCAAGCGCCGCUCCUCCAGCGCGCGUUCAGUCCUGCGCUCUCCUCGCUAGUGACCGCCGCCUGCCCGCAUUUUUCCCGCUGCGCGCAGCAUUGCAUGCGCGCACAGCCCUCGCUAGCGCCCUCUCCCCCCACGACCAUGGAUGCACGUCGGGCCCACGCGGUCGCCGCCAGCGCGCGGCGCAGCAAGCCACUCAAGCAGCUCUCGCCGAUGGCCGCACGCUGCUGGAGGUGGAGUUCCCCACGGCCAGCCUUGACUCCGUGCCAGGCGAUGCGGAGGGCGGGAUAGAGAUGACCAACAGCAUGCGAAUGCUGCGCCAGUACUGCCUCAUGUUCGCCUCAAAAGGCCCCCCGCCCUCCUCCGUGCGCCUUUUCUUCCCGGACGCCAACGAGCUGCCGGCAGCGCAGGAGGUGUUUGAGGGCACGGCGUUCCCCCUGGACUGCCUGACCAAGCCCACGGGGCUGGAGGACAUCGGCUUCUCGCGCAAGCUGCCCCUCGCUGACCGCGUGGCCGCCACCGACCGCCUCUUUGUGGCGGCCUACCCCUACUUCAACGUCAACGGUGCAUGCUGCCCCGCUCACACGGGCCACUCUGCUGUGCUGCACUGCGAGCUCGCAGCAUGCCCUGUGCCCCUUUCAUACCUGGAAGCUUAUCACUCCUUGCUGCUGAUCUCAUGCCUUGCUGCCGUGUCCCCCACGUACCGUGGAACGACGACGGGAGCCAAGUUUCGAGUGACCCUGGGUCUGCCGGUGGCGGCGGUGGUGAACUGCGCGGACAACACGGGCGCGAAGAACCUCUUCAUCAUGUCGGUGUGCGGCAUCAAGGGCCGCCUCAAUCGCCUGCCGGCCGCCGCCGUGGGCGACAUGGUGAUGGCGACGGUCAAGAAGGGCAAGCCCGACCUGCGUAAAAAGGUGCUACCGGCGGUGAUCGUGCGGCAGCGCAAGCCGUGGCGCAGAAAGGACGGCGUCUUCAUGUACUUCGAAGACAAUGCGGGAGUCAUCGUGAACCCGAAAGGAGAAAUGAAAGGGUCGGCCAUCACGGGGCCGGUGGCCAAGGAGUGCGCGGAUCUCUGGCCUCGUGUCGCCAGCGCCGCCAACUCCAUCCACUGCUGCCGUCUCACCGUGCUGUGUGUGCCUCGUCUCCUCGUGCAGGCACUAGAGGGCGGUGGAAGUGGAGGGCAGCGGGCCACACUGCCAUUGCCCGCCGUCACGCAUCGCGCACCUGCGCACGUCUGCGGCGCUGAUGUCACCCGCAUGACCACUCCGCACGUCGCCGCGUUCCCCCACCCGCGCCACAUGCCCGCCCCGCGGAGUCGUCGCGCACCUAUCCGCACGCCUCUCCUGUGCGUGCUAUGCCUUGUCUGCCUCGUCCGCCUUCUUCCCGGCGCAGGCCUCUCGUCGCCCGUUCGCUCCUCGCCAUCGCAGCUGUCGCCCGCUCCCGCUCGUCGUCGCCUGACCCGAUUGCCCGCGCCUGAUCCCCCCUCGCAAUCCCUCGCCCCGUCGCCUGUGGUGGGGUGGGCGGCAGGCGAGGGAUGGGAGAGGGAUACGUGGCGCGAUCUGAGUGGCGAGUUCGAUGAGGAGGAGGACGAGGGAGGUGAGGGCAGCAGCCGACGGGGGAGAGAAGACGAGGGGGAGCAGGCGCAGGACAAGGGGCCUGUGGGGGGGAUAAGGGGGAAGGCGGGAGGGGGGGGCGCAGAGCAGGGGGCAGCGGGCGAGGCAGGGGAGGCGGGCGGGCGGGCGGGGCAGAAUGCGGGGAUGGGCGGGCGUGGUGGCGGGACGGCUGCCCCAGAGAGCUUGGCAGGAGCAGCGGAAGGGGCGAGUUGGGGCAGGCGGCCGUGGGAGGAGGGGCGCGCGGAGGGUGAAGCGUGGCGGGUGGAGGAGGCGUGGAGGGAGUGGGACCGAGUCGAAGGCCACAGCAGCAGCAGCGGUGGUGGCGGCAGCAGCUUCCAGGGCGAGGAGGCGAGUGACUGCUCGGUGCUGAAGCUGCCCCAUGUCACCGUGCAGGUCAUGGCGUCCUCAUCCCUGCCCGCGUGGCUGGAGGGUUUCUUCACAUGCCCCUGCGGCCUCACCUGCACGCUGUCGCGCAGUGAGGUGCUGGCGGCGCGCCCAGACGCCAUGCUGUACGAGGGGGGCGCGCCCAGGGGGGUGAGAGUCAAGGGCGACCCGCUGCUCGUGCACGUGGCCAUGGAGGCGGAGGGGGAGGGGGGAGAGGGGGAAGGGGGCGCGCAGGCGGGCAGUGGGGUGGAUGUGACGGUGGGGUAUGGCCCGGGUGCGGACGUGCAGUGCACGUAUGCCAGCAACCUGCUGCUCGCCGACCACAACCCCCUCAUCGCUGCCUCCAAGUCCCCCGCGCUUACCAUCUUCCAUGCCUCAUCACGCUACUCGCCCUGGCGAGCAGCAGCAGCGCCGCUGCUACUGGCGCACCCCCUCACACACCGCUUCGGCCUGCAGACGCCCCUCCCACUGCGCCGCUCCCUGCGCCGCGCCUUCCCCCGCUGCCAGUACUCGCACGCACCCAAGGGGGCAGGGGCGCAGGGCGCAGGGGCGCGGGGGCAGGCGCAGGUGCACGGGCAAGGGGGGACGGGGCCCCCUGGUGUAGGAUUGCAGGGUGGGGCCGUUGCACGGGGCACAUCAGCUGUGGGGCGCAGCGGAAGUGGGGGUUCAGUGGUGCAAGGGGAGGUAGGGGGGAAGGAGGGACAGGGGGAGAAGAAGGAGGGAGAGGGGAGUGCAGGGGGGGCGGAGGAGGGGGCAGGAUGGACGGCGAGGGAGCGGGAGAUGGCGGGCGUGGACGAGGUAGUUGGGGGUGGCUUGGGAGGCAGUGUGCCGAUCUACUACGGGGCGCCAGACGUGGGAGAGUUUGCCCCACCGGAGUCGUUCAUGGAGGGCGGGGCGGAGAGCCAGGAGAGCAUAGUGCGGCGCGUGCACGCCAUGCGCAGCAACGCCACGGCAUACCUCUCCCUGCACGCCUGGCGCCGGUGCGGAGUGCUGGGGGGGCUGCAGCGAGCGCUGAGGAUGGGGUUUGACACUCUGCCGUGCCGCCUGUGCCAUCGCAUCAGCACCAUGGGGGGGCGCGCACACACCUCGCAACCUCGCUCUGCUGAAGAGGAUGCUGCUGCUGCUGGGGGUGAUGGAGAUGCCAUGAACUCGGUCACAACUGUGAUUUGA